CGAUGGAUUCAGAAAAUGCUUGGGUACCCAUGGAAGUGCUGUCACCGUGCUAGAAAUACUGAGCAAAAGAAAGUCCCCUAUAAAGUAAGCAAAGAAGAAAAAUGUAUCUAGAUAAAAUAGAGUGGGAGUGCUGAUGGAAAGGAGGGGUUUGCUAGAGAAUGGGUAUAGAAAGGCAGAGAGAUGGCUAAAGGGGCAGUGGGUGGAGGAAUAAGUCUCCCUCUGCAGAUCUCUCUGUUCAUAGACUGUCUUUUCCAAACAAUCUGAUCAGAAGUCCUCCCUUUUAACUUUCCAUUCCCUUGGAUCAACAUGCUGUUUGUGUUUAACUUACACACCUCUCCCCACUUCCUCCAGGACUCCUACAAUAAACCUUAACCUCCAAGCUGACAAAAGAAUGCAGUUACUACCCAAGAACUGCCACUGAAAUCGCUCUUUCGGAGCUGGCUGGCAUCUUCCAGAGCCUCUCCAUAUCUGCUUGGAAUAAAUGAGACCGGAGGAGCCGGCAGCUCUCAAUCAAGACUUGCUUUGAAUUAAUCACCUUGCGUUGAACGAAUGUUUGAAGUCCUUCACUUGACGCAGUGAGGAGCUGCAGCUCAGUUGUCGGGCCGCGUCCAGCCCUUGGAUCUGUCUUACAGAAGCGCCGUGUAAUCUUCCUGGGAAGCUGCUGCUGGGGGAAUUCUCGUUGAUUGGUGUCCUGAAGGGACCUGCCCAAAGCAGCCGGCAGAAGACCCUCACAAGAAGCCUUCAUGUCUGAAGCAGGUGUACAAAUAUAUUUCUUCUGGAGUCUCACCCAUGAUGGAGUUUUCGGUAAAAACAUUUCGAGGACUGAGAUGUUAAAGAAAAUAAAUGAUUUAUUUGCCGGCGUUGGAGACUGUGUUGAGGAGGGUUUUGUCCCUGUAAACCCCUCAAAUCCUCAGUAGAUACAAAAACAGAAACUCAUGAACACUGCAAGGAUCAAUGUUACUAUUAGGAAAAAGAUGUACAACCUCUAAUCUAAGAUUAGAAACAAAGGUUUGAUUACCUAUUUGGAAAUGUUGGCUGCAGUCUAAAAUAAAAUGAAACAAUGCUAAUUUGCCAGCAGAAGCCUAUUGAUGUGGAAACCAGCACUGGAAUUACUGAUUAAUCCCCAAACGCGGAAUUUCUGGUGAUCACAAACAUCAGUCUGCUAAGGAACAUGUGUGAUUCCAAGAACCAGUGCAUGGCGAUAUAAAGAAAAUGAUAUCAACUUCGUGAAACUUACCACAAGGGAAAAAAUCUGUCAUCUGUAAACAUCACUUGGCCCAUAUGCCUAAAUCUUUGAUGGCUACGAAGUUUGCUGUCAACAUGCACAAAGAACUUGCUUCCAGCUGCCCUUCAGAGUAGAGAAAGAAUCUACUCAUCAUAAGUCUUCCUUUUGAAAAAAAGACUUAGCAUCACCUUUCCAUGUGCAAAGCACAUUUAGAUGGACAGAUGUGGAGAAAAGUAACAGGAGAGUUCAUCUCCCUAAUACUGUAGUUGGUUUUUUUUUUUUAAAUAAGAAUAUAAGAAAGGACUUCCCUCUCUAUGGCAGGUCACAAAGGAAUGGUGAUGCCAGCCCUCUGUCUGUGGGUGCUUGCACUGUUGACCCUCAUUUACACAGGUAAAGUACAGGCAGACUGCUGGUUGAUUGAAGGUGACAAAGGAUUUGUUUGGCUUGCUAUUUGCAGCCAGAACCAACCACCCUAUGAAUCCAUACCACAGCACAUUAACAGUACUAUAGUGGACUUGAGGCUCAACGAGAAUAAAAUAAAGAGUGUUCAUUAUUCAUCACUGAGCCGUUUUGGAAACCUGACGUACCUCAACCUCACCAAGAAUGACGUGUCCUACAUUGAGGAUGGAGCUUUUGCAGGUCAGUUCAAUUUGCAAGUGCUCCAGCUUGGUUACAACAGAUUAAGGAAUCUCACUGAAGGAAUUUUAAGAGGACUAAACAAGUUGGAGUACCUCUACCUCCAGGCAAAUCUUAUUGAAACUGUGACUCCUAAUGCCUUCUGGGAGUGCCCUAAUAUUAUGAAUAUUGACUUGUCUAUGAACCGUAUCCAGAGGCUAGACAGCAGCACUUUUGCAAGCCUCAACAAGCUGACUGUUUGUGAAUUGUACAGUAACCCUUUUUAUUGUUCUUGUGAACUCUUAGGCUUCCUGGAGUGGCUGCAAAAAUUCACUAACAUGACCCGCACUUUUGACCGCAUGCAGUGCGAUUCUCCACCAGAUUAUAUUGGUUACUAUUUGUUGGGUCAAGGUCAAACUAAAUAUCGCAAUGCUCUUGGCAUGCUGUCUGCUCUCUGCGCAGAUGGUUCAUAUACACCGAGGACUCGCUUUAUUACUCCUAAGUAUGAAGUUACCACUGGUCCACCAGAUCCUGGAUGUUCUGAAGAAGAGUGCUUUUCUGGAGAUGGCACUACACCACUAAUCGAUGUGCAUACUCCCUCUAUCAAUCCUAAAUUUAGCCUCAAAGUUAACCUUAACACUGAGACACACACAGAUGCAGUUCUUGUGGCAGAGAUACCUUCUCCAUAUAGCAAGAUGUACAUCUUGGUACAAUACAACAAUAGCUUCUUUACAGACAUUCAAAAACUUAAUUCUGAAAAAGAGUUCAUUAAGCUGGAGGGGUUAAAAGCCAAUACAAAUUACACAUACUGUGUGGCAUCCAUCCGUAACGCUCUCAGGUUCAACCACACCUGCAUAGCCUUUUACACUCGCAGCCAUACCAAAACAGAAUCAGUGCCUACUCCAUCCACUGCCACACACUAUAUCAUGACUAUCCUUGGCUGUCUGUUUGGUAUGGUCAUAAUACUUGGUAUAGUGUACUACUGCCUGCGCAAAAAACGUCAGAAGGAAGAAAAGCACAAAAAGUCAGGCGGUAGCAUGAAAAAAGCAAUCAUUGAGCUUAAGUAUGGUCCAGAAAUGGAGACCCCAAGCAUUACUCAGCUGUCCCAAGGGCAGAUGAUGAGUGCAGAAACAAUAUCCCGCAUUCAAUACUUGCCUUCGGUUGGAGAGGUUGAGCAGUAUAAACUAAUAGAAACCAGUGAGACACCUAAAGCUACAAAGGGAAACUAUAUGGAGGUACGAACUGGUGAUCAGCCAGAGCGAAGGGACUGUGAGCUUUCCAUGCCGCCAGACACUCAGAGCUCUGUGGCAGAGAUAUCCACAAUUGCUAAAGAGGUGGACAAAGUUAACCAAAUUAUUAACAAUUGUAUAGAUGCCUUGAAAUCUGAGUCCACUUCCUUCCAGGGAGUUAAGUCAGGAGCCGUAUCUACAGCAGAGCCCCAGUUAGUACUAAUAUCAGAACAAAUUCCAAGCAAACACGGUUUUCUGUCUCCAGUGUACAAGGAAAGCUACUCGCACCCACUGCAGCGACAUCAUAGUAUGGAAGGUCCUGCAAAACGAUCUAGCACCUCCUCCAGUGGCUCUAUCCGCAGCCCCAGAUCAUUUCGUUCAGAGGGCUCUGCUCACAAAUCUGAAGCAAAAUACAUUGAAAAAACCUCCCCUACCACUGACACCAUCCUCACUGUGACACCAGCUGCUGCUAUAUUGAGAGCAGAAGCAGAGAAGAUUCGCCAGUACACAGAGCAUCGACAUUCCUACCCUGGCUCACAUCAAAGUGAGCAACAGCAGCCACCUCCUAUUCCACAUGACAACCUUGGAGGGCGCAAACCUUCCAUACUGGAACCUUUAACCCGUCCUCGGCCCAGGGAGCUGGCAUAUUCCCAACUUUCCCCCCACUAUCACAAUUUGAGCUACACGUCCAGCCCAGAGUACACCUGCAAACCUUCCCACAGCAUCUGGGAGCGUUUCAAACUGCACCGCAAGCGCCACAAAGAGGAAGAGUAUAUGGCGGCCGGUCAUGCCUUGCGCAAAAAGGUCCAGUUUGCCAAAGAUGAGGAUCUCCAUGACAUCCUAGACUACUGGAAGGGCGUCUCUGCCCAGCACAAGUCCUGAGUCCUUUAACUCUCCCCUUUGCCUCCAGCUACUCGUGACUUGACUUACUUUCAUAACCCUUAACCCUGUCCCAGCCAGAGAGGCCAGCAGAGCAUUCACUGUGGAAACACUCUGCAGGUCUCUUUAGCGGAAAAGAGGUUAACAGGACCAAAAUCAAACUAGCAGCAGCUAAUUUUUACUCAAAACUGUCUAUAAGAAUGAACAAGAAAUAUAUGAUUAUUAUAUAUCAUAUAGAAAAAAUAAAAUUGCUUACAAAAACUCACAAUUGUGAGCAUAUGCACCAAAUUAAAAAACAAAAAAUACACGCUAAAACUGUGAAGAGGAGUUAAUUUUUUUAAACAAAAGAAGUGAAAAAAAGAUACAAAAAGUCAGGUUUGGGAAGUGAUUUGAACUUUGUUCGCAUUAUCGCAUGUAAUUUCAUAAUCUGACUUGCGUGGUUUGACUUGUGUGAUAUUUUGUUUCUUUCCGCCAUCACCACAGGAUAAAAAAGAACUUACAAUAGACAGUAACUUUUUUCUUUAUGUUGAUUUCUUAUUCAAUUGAGUCUUCCAGUGCAGACUUUGCCUAGAAGGAGGCUCUCAUAAAAACAUAUACAGCUGCAUUCAAAACUGUGAUCUCUAUAAUACUGUACAGAUAAAAAUUUCUAUAUUUGCAAUGUUUGCUGUAAAGAGAGAGAAAAAAAUAAGAAAAAAUGCUAUACUUUAUCUUUAUCCUUUGGCAACUGGUGUGGCUUAUAGUGCAAAUCAUUGCAAGCCUCACCUCAAAGUCAAAGGGCUAAAACAAUUUAUCCUGUUUGUAUCAGGUUUUAAUCAUGGAUUUUAGAAUGAAAAUUGUUGUUUUUUAUUAUUUCACUUUAUUUGGUUUUUAAAAAAGAAAAAUAAUUCUUUGUUUUUCUUGGGUUGGUUUACCUUCUUCUUCUUCGUUUUAUGAUUGUCUUCUAGUUUUGAAUGGGAUGAACUUCAAUGAGAAAUAGAGAAGACAACACUACUGAAAAUCUGGAAUCCUGCCUAUUAUUGUUAGAGUGGGGUGGGGAAUGAACUUGGUCUUCUCCAAAGUUGUUUGCCCAUAUAUUAUUCUGUAACCUGUGGAUACAUUAAAUGUGAGCUGAGAUAAAGGUUCAGAGAAAUGUUCAGAGAAAUCCUAUGUGCCUUGACAAGGGUGUUCAUGUUAGACAGUCAUAGAAAAUCUCUAUUUUGUGGAAACGACAAUAUCCCCAGAACAGAAGUGGGUACUUGCAACCCUUAAAUGGUAAUAAACAAGCUAGAUGCUGAAGAUAACCCUAAGUGAGAACAGAUGACUUGGCCAGUUAUUCAAAUUUAUUUCCCUCAGUUCUUGGAAAUGCCAGUAACUGAGAAUGAUUGCUGGAAAGCCAAUAAACAAAGAAAAUGUGUCACUGG